UCCUUCUUCCGCCUCCUACGCAAUUUGAACUAAUACAAUUAUACGAAUCUACGCAAUUUAAAAUAUUCAGAAAAACAAAACACAAGUGCAAAUUCAUUUCGUAUUUUCUCGCGGGAUUAAGCUGCCAAAUGUUUAAGUUUUUGACAAAAUAAAUUCCGUUGGUAUCUUGUCCAAAACUGAUGGCUGCAAAUACACAAGACACUCAACAGUCCCACAUCACUGUAUCUUGUACAGCAGAAUUUCCUUCUUAUAAAUGUGACAGUGUGUCAAAAUGUUGGGGUUUGGUAACCUUAAAAGCUGCAAAUUAUGAGCCUGAGCAGUCAAAAAGACCUGCAUUAGAUAUUGUUGCUGUGAUUGACAGAAGUGGGUCAAUGCAAGGUGAAAAAUUAUUUCUGGUGAAGAAAUCCCUUAAGUUUUUAGUUCAGAAUUUAUUGGAGAGAGACCGGUUAAGUGUAAUUACAUAUCACACUGAUGUUACCGUUGAUUUUGAUCUUCUGCCGAUGAACCAGAACAACAAGACAUAUGCCAAGCACAAAAUCGAAUCGAUUCAAUCUGCAUCAUCUACUAACCUCUGUGGUGGCUUAUUACAAGGGCUUUGUUCAAUUCUUGAUAGAGGAAAUGUGAAAAAUGAUGUGGCAUCUGUGCUGUUGUUUACUGAUGGCCUCGCUAAUCAAGGAAUCACCGCUAAAGACAGGAUCAUUCGAGCCAUGAAAGAUCCAAAGAAAUAUUUGAAUGCCUCUGACCGUGAGACGCAAGAUCAUGAUACUCUAAUUCAAUAUCAGAGUAACGUUACCGCGUCAGUAUCGUCCCGUGGUUCAGCAUCAUCGAGAGCAAUUCCAAAUGUUUACCAGCCUAAUGUCCCUAAUGUACCCAGAAGAUCCUUCCUCUCCCACAUGCGUAAUCUUUUCAGAUCUUCAAAUACUUCAAAUGUUCAACAAGUUCAAAACCGAUCUGAUAUACAACAAAAUGUUGUACCACCGGAUACACAAAAUAUUCAACCAGCUGAGGAAACCGAAGUUCAACCUGAAAUCGAUAAAAGUUCGGAACAACCUGCACAAGCCCUACAACAGCCACUGCAGGUGCAAAACGCCGAGCAACAGCCCGAAGAGAAAAUAAAACCUGCCACAGCCACAGGCGCAGUCAAUCAGGCAGAGAAUAAGGAGAAGAAUGUGGUGCAGAUUACUGAUGCUUCAGUGUACACAUUUGGCUUUGGUCGAGAUCAUGAUCCUGACAUGUUGAAAGCCAUCAGUGAUGCAGCAAAUGGAAUGUAUUACUUCAUUGAAAACGAGGAACAGAUUUCGGAAUCGUUUGGUCAUUGUUUCGGGGGACUGGUGAGCACACUUGGUCAAAAUAUAAAAUUGAACUUGGAACUAUGUGACGGCGUUACCAUUGAUGAAAUACAUACUGAGCAAAGUUACACGAGUGAUGUUAUGAAACAAAAAUGGGAGGUGCAUCUUGGUGACAUGGAAUCCGAAGAGGAACGUGACGUUUUGCUUACUCUAAACUUUUGGGCCUGCCACUGAUUCUUCAACAACAAGUUGUCUGAAAUGUUCAAUUAGAUAUUUCUGUCUAAUUGACUCCUGUUAUAAGCAUUCGGCAGCAGAUUUUUCAGUUGACAGAUCAGCUGAGGCAGAAUAUUCUGCAGCAGUUGCGAAUUUGGCUGUUGAUCGGCAACGAAAUAGACUUCUGACUACAAAAGCUACAAGAGAAGCGCUCGAGUUGGCUGACACUGGUGAUUUAAAAUCGGCACGCGAGCGUCUGGAAAAAGAAAUCAAAAGAGUUCAAGAGUCUUUAACGAAGGAUGACGAAUUUUGCAAACUUCUCGUCAAAGAUAUGAAAAAGAGUUUAGAAGGACUACAGAACGAUGAUCUGUACCUGCAUUCAGGAAGGAAACGUCAAAUGAACGCACUCCAGAUGCAUUCAAAGCAACGAAGCAAUCGACCUGACGAUUGUGAUUUGUAUAUGAAUUGCUCCAGAAGCGAAUACAUGCAUAAGUUUAAAUGAUGGAAACGAAUGUUUGAUCAUUACCCUACAUUUUAUACUCGUUGGGAAAGUAACUAACUAUAUAGUUUUUAUAUCUUUAUUAAGGUAUUUUCAACAUAUACAUUAUGGGUCAGUAUCCUUUUUUACUUCGGAAACUCAUCGAUUUGACCAAAUUUUAUUUUAAACAUAUUUUCUUAAAUACGUCUUGAAUAAUUUAGUUUUUAAGUGUAUGAUUGGCCGUGGUGUUGGGAGAAACAAAUCUUGUAUAAGCAUCUUAUGUAAGCAUUAAUAUAUACAUAUAAUGAAAUAUAAGAAAUAAAUAUUUGUUAUAAAAUCAAAAAUAUGUGCGUUUAGUUAAGAACGAUAUUAUAUAUUAUUAAAAUGAAAACUGAUAUUAGCCAUUGUAGCCCGAGGGCUACAUUGAUUGCGAUAGAAUUUAUACAUACAAGGAGAUAAUAAAAAUCACAAAUUACAAGGUAAAUAACUACUGUAUUAAGAAAUAAAGUUCUGCAAACGUAGACUUAUAUACUAUGUGCUAAACUAUGUCAAAAUAUUAAAAAUUGUUGUUUUAAGACUCUUUGUGUUUGGUAUGGCA